AUGUCAGGGCGAAGUAAAGUAUCGGUGCAGCCGAUCAACAUCAUCUUCCGCCAUUUGCAGCAGCAGACAAGGGUGUCACUCUGGCUCUACGACAAUGUCGACUUUCGCAUCGAGGGCAAGAUCAUUGGCUUUGACGAAUUCAUGAACGUCACAUUGGCGGAUGCAGAAGAAGUAUGGACAAAGAAGGACAACAAGCGCGUAGAGCUCGGCCGCAUCUUGUUGAAAGGAGAUAACAUUACUCUCAUUCAACCGGCAAAGUGA